GUCACAUUAUGGGACAGAAAUACAUGCUGUCCGUAAAUUUAGAGAAACAUGUUAUUGGAACUUAAAAACAGUUUGACGGAGGAAGAAAAAUAAACUACGUAAUUUACAUCUAGCUUUGUUGUUAGGCUGGUAGAAGUUAUUCAUCACGUUGGCUUGGAAAGUUUGUGUUCAUGUUAACGAUGAGAAUAUUGUGGUCGGUGUUGGGGGUCUUUCUGUCCGGUUCCAGAGUUCAUAUGGAAGAGACCCUGCCCCGUAUCGUCCUCAACCCCUCUGACGUGGUAGUGAAAGUUGGGAAUCCCGCUUCCCUCUCCUGCCGCGCCGAUGGCAACCCCAAGCCGACCAUCGAGUGGCUGUACAACGGUCAACCCCUGGAGACAGUGAAUGGAGAUGGGCACUGGCAGUCCAUGGUUCUGUCAGAGGGCAGCCUCUUCUUCCUGAGUGUCGGAGGGGGCAGGCGAGGUCAGACACAGGAAGGGGUCUACACCUGCGUGGCCAGGAACAGCGCAGGGAAGGCCACCAGUCGAAAUGCAUCACUGUAUAUCGCAGUGUUGCAGGAGGAGUUCAGCGUGGAGCCUGGUGAUGUGGAGGUGGCAGAGGGGGAUGUGGCUGUCUUAAACUGUGGCCCCCCAGCAGGACACCCUCAACCUAACGUCGUCUGGAAGAAGGAUGGCUUGCCGAUUAACAUCAGUGACAUCCACUACACUGAGCUGAGUGGAAAGCUCAUCAUCGCUCCUGCAGAGAAGAAACACUCUGGUGCUUAUGUGUGUGUGGCCAGUAACACUGUGGGAGUGAGAGAGAGCAGAGCGGCUCGGCUCUCUGUGAUGGCCAAGCCUGUUCUGGUGCUGAAGCCAGAAAAUGUGUCAGUGAGGAUGGGGGAGCCUGCCCAGUUCUACUGCCAAGCUAAAGGUGACCCUCCACCCUCUGUGGUCUGGAGCAGAGAGCAGGGGCCACUUCCUAACGGCAGGUACCUUGUAAACCCAGACCAGACUCUCCAGAUCCAUUAUGUGACAGCCCAAGAUGCUGGGAAGUACAUCUGCACUGCUGUAAAUGAUGUAGGUGUGGUCACUGCCAGCGCACAGCUACAAGUUGAAGAGGCUACCAUCACUAUACAGAAAGACCUUCACAAAGAGCUGUCCACCCUGCGAGUGGCUCUGGAAAAUGUCACCAUCGUGGCCCCUGGGUCCAACAUUUCCCAAGUACAAUGGAAGCUCCAGUUCCUCCCGGCACAGCCACAUUACCUUGAUGGCUUCGAGGUUCUCUAUCGCUGCCUGCUGCCUGCCGGCUCGGACUGGGCAGCCAAGAAGGUGACACUGCCCAGCUUCCAGACUCAGGUGGGCCCUUUAAAGAGAGGCUACAAGUACGAGUUCAAAGUUCGUCCCUAUGGAAGUAACCUGUAUGGAAGGGAGAGCAACACCCGACACUUCAGAGUUCCAGAGACGGUUCCCAGUGCCUCUCCGCUGGCUGUGUCCAUCACCGUGAAUCACAAACUGAAUAACACCAUCCACCUGAGCUGGGAGCCUCCUCCUCAUGAAACCCACAACGGUGUCAUCCAGGGAUACCAGGUGUGGUGUGUGGAGUCUGAGGAGCUGCAGUAUCAGAACUGGACAGUGGACAGUGGAGAACACAGCCUCGAUAUCUCUACUGUCAAAGCAGGGAAACGAUACUGGCUCACCAUGGCAGCUGUCAAUGGAGCCGGAGUUGGAACACUGAGUGACCCCCAUGGAUUUGUCAUAAACACACAGAUAGGGGCCCCCCCUGACUUGGACAGCCAAAGACGACAUCUGUCUCAGAUCCUGCUUCAGGACCCAGUGUUCAUAGGCAUUAUUGGCGCCCUCCUGUGGUGUGUUCUGAUGGUUGCAGUUGUCUACCUUAUCAGACGCCACAGCAGGACAGGCCACCUCAUACCAGGACAUGGCAAAGUGAAAGGUUUACGCAGACUGGCCUGUGAAGAUCUCAUUAUUAAACACAGCAUGGCGACUCCAGACUCCCCAUGGAUUUCUGGAGGCUGGAGACCUGCCUUCAGCCAGCAGUAUCAGGACUUAUGGGCCCAAGGUCAAAAACAUCCAGGAAUCAGGAGCACUAGUCUCCCAGUCUCAUCCAAGAAGGACCCCGGCCGUCUGGACUCAGUUGUCCCCAUCGUGACAGACAGCUGCGGAGUUUAUGGCACUUUUUACGUGGACCUGAUGGGAAACGGCCUCAAGACCUUCAACAGUCCUGGGCAACGCUCUAAAAUGCCUCACGGCCUGCAACAUCAGCAGGGAGCGGAGACCAUCCGGAUAUUCCCUCAGCCUGUCGCAAAGACCUUGUCCCUUGGCAGCCGUGACUUGCUGCCAUGGAAACAAGCCAUACGUCCCCAGCCCAAGAUGGGUGUGCUGAGAGAGUCAUGGGAAAAAAACAACAGCAAGCAAGAGCUGCAUGCAGUAAACAGUGUCCCCAUAGUGCCAACCAGAAAGCAGGCUUGGCCCUCCAGUGUCUACAAGCAGAGACUCAGUCACAUACCACCAGGCCGACAUGGUGGAUGUCCAGAGUGCAGUGACGCUGCUGGCUGUCCUCGCCUGCUGCAUUACUCUGCGUCAGUCCAACUAGUGGACAUGCUGCCCCUACCACCACCGAUGCCCAUAGACAGCACCAUGGACACACACAGCCUGACCUCUGAUGAAGGCUCCAGUCGUUCCACAAAGCUUACAGUGGACAUGGGCUCUCUCCAGUCAGUGUGUGAGGAAUCAGGCCAGCAUUGGCACCCAGGACUCACAGCCAACAGCUGCCCCUCCCACAGCCACCUGUCUACUGCCUCAUACACUAUGUCACUGGAUGAUGACCAUGGAGGCACACUGACAGCUCAUGAAGCCACCCAGUACCUAGAGCUCAGUCCUAAACCAGAGAGAUGCAGUGCUCUGCCUGAACAGCGCUCCCUCCUGUCCCACACCUUCUCCCCGAACCUGAGCUACAUGUGUGGGCCGGUCCGCGACACUCAGCUGGAGGAUGACCCUUCCACUGAUGAGCUUGAAGUGCCACCAAUCGGCCUGCGACGUGCCCGCCUCCAGAGCUCGCCUUCCUCCUGCUACAGCGAGUGGGACAGCUCCCUGUGGAACACCUGGAGCUCAGUCAUGGACAGCGACAUGGCCAGCGCCCGCACCAGCCUCAUCAGCUCUGUGGAUAGCUGUUACACGUCUGACAGUGCACAUUUUGCCCACCUGCUGGCUGUGGCAGCAGACUCUAUGAGUGGAGCCUCUUUGUCAGACUUUUCUCCGCCGGCCUCCCCCCUCAGCGCCUUGUACCCGUCGUUUCAUGCAGAAGGCGACUCGUUCGGAGAGCCGGAGCCGGAGCCUGUUCCUGCGUGGGACUGGAGCAUGGCCUGGGUGGAGGAAAUGGAGGCUAGGUACAGAGCCCGAUAUCCCAGCAGAAGCACCAAACCCUUUAAUGCUUAGGGACCCUGCGUCAUGGAAACGACACCAGUGAGAACGUCAGAAACACCCCACAGCAACGCCAGGAGUGCAGGACGAGGACAGGGCUCAGACAUGAUGCUGCAACGUUUAUUGAUUAACUUUAAUGGAAGUGCAGGAAACAUCAUUGAAGUCUGAGUCAGUCAGGCGUGUUGUGGUAUCUCACACGCAAAGAAAGAAUUGAAGUAUAAUUGCAGCUCACUCCUUGAUGUUUGGAACACCUGUGCCAGGAGAUGCACAUCUGCUGUUAUUUGCCUGUAAAACCUUUCCCAGUUUACCUCAGGACAGUCCGCCUACUAUUUUGCAUCCUUUAAAUGACUUUCACUGAGUUGCUUGUGUUUUCCUCUCAUUAGAAGAACGGAUAAUGAGCCACUUCCCUCAGGACGCUCUCAGCCAGUGUAUUUUGAAAAGGCCAGACAGACACAAAGACAGGAUGCAAGACAGGGAGACAGCAGUCAUUAGGCAAAAAGAAAUACAGCACUAAACACUUUUUGUAUCUGUUCCAAACACACUGCAGCUCAGUGAUUAUGUACAGAUUUGAUUUACUGACCAAAUGUAAAUAUGCAGCUUAUUCAACAGAUGUUAUUUAAAGAAUUAUAAACACUUUCCAAAUCAUAUAAUGUCAUUCUGUUUCACAUUCUGAGAACUCUUUUUUAUAUUAUGAGAAUAUUGUUUGUCUUUAUGCACCCUGUCCACUGUUUCAUAUUUGCAACAUAACGUUCUGUAGUUCAGAGUCACUUUGUUCACAUUUAUUUGAACUGACAUAAGUCUAACCUUUA